CAGACAUUGAAACACCUGUUAACAAUGCCACUCGCUGUCUUGUCGGUGUAUGUGGUGCUUCUGCUGCUGCAGACGGCCGACGGCGCCGAUACAGACAGUUUGUACGUUCGUAUAAUAGACGGCAAGACGGAGUACCGCAACCAGUCUAGCGUCAUCAGGGCCUUCAAAGCCGGAAGUCCAAUAGAAUGUGGAGUUGAAUGUAACAAGGUUACUAGGUGUGUCUCAUUCAACCUGAAGACUGAGCCAGACAACAGCUACGUGUGUGUCCUUUUCGACUCCAUUCCACUCUCGCCUACUCGGGACCUGAUGCUGGCGAAGGACACAGAGUACUAUGAGAAGAGCUGCCAGCCAACAGUUCGUGUAGCAGACACAACGGCACUUAUUAGUUCAAUGCUAGCUCUGUACGUGUUUGGGGACAUGGGCACUUCCAUGUACUUGCUCCAAUUCAAGCCUAACUUUGACCAGGAUUCCUUCAGAUACCAGGGCACAACAGCCGCCAUAACCUCCGACGAGCACCAGAUCCUCACUGGAGCGGAAGAACUGUACACGGUCAGUUACCUGACAACCACCAUCGUUGUGUCAGAGGGUCGUCUCUUUUGCCAGCACUACACUCUAACCGAUAGCCAACCUUGCUUCACCACUGACUCUGUUCCCCUGAAAGACAUCUUCAAUACCCAGGACGUCAGUGCUGUCAUGAGUGACGCAUUUGGACAUGUUAUUUACGGAUUUACUCAAGAUCAGGUCAUCAAGGUCAACACACCUGCCAAUGGGCCUUGGACUGUGGACAGCGUCAUUGACCUUCCUGGUGUCCCCGGGAGUCAGUUCCAACACUUCCCCCGAGGCAUCAGGGGCGCUACGUACAUGCGGAACUGGAACACAACGGCUCUGUUUACCAUGUUUUAUUACAUGAUUCUUGAUGGUGCAAACAAUGUAAUAAAGAGAAGUCAGGUUUGCCUGUAAUUGGGCCAUCGUCUUUAAAUCCGAAGUCCCACCUUCAUAUUUGUGUUUAAGUCAACGGCAUCGUUACUGUACAAAAUGUUCUCAAAGUCUAACUACACCUAUAACAUAUUCAGGAUUGUGUUUGAUAGAUGUACGUGUUUAGGUCAUGAAUGUUGGAAGGACCAACAUAACCCCUUAAAAUUCAUUGUGUUUUCAUGAGUAACUAAUAGCGCUUUCUAGAAUAUUAGAAUCCCUAUUCGUAACGUAACUUAAUCUGAUCUUUUGCACUCCAUUUUUCUUUGUUUUUCUGUGUUUACUGUGUAAGGUUAUCAUGUGGGUCUGCAUACAUGUACAUGAUUGUUGUGAAUUUCCUUCGGAUAUUUUCAUUGAACUUUUGUUCGUUGUCAAUAUUUAGUGGAGUUAAAAAAGUGAUAACGAUUUGUUGCGAAUAUCAGUUUUCAUAAUAUUAUGUUUAGUUGUUUGAUCGGCAUCUUGAAGUUUCAGAGUCACACUUUCAUAUCAGUUCGUUCUUAUCGUUUUUAUCCUUGCUUAUGUCACUUCCGGUUAUCGUAUUUUCCAGUGACGUAAUGUGUCUACUUCAUAUUACGUCAUCAUUUGUUCAUCCAUUUAUUUUUAGAUUCACUCAUAGUCAGUCUUUCCUCUUUGUCUCCUGCAGUUAUUUUUAUAUUUUCGCUCUCAAGUUCGAGCGGUUCCUGUGAAGCUUCCCUUUGACACUGCUCAUCGCUGCUGCUGGCAACUGUAGUUGACCAUUCUAACAUGCUCAUUGUUUAUGAGAGCAAGAUCAGACCACAGAUCAGCCUCACCUCAGACCUUGAACCAAACAUUUCAUUUGCCCUUAUUUGAAUUCCUUCCUUCUCAAGGCAUAUAUUAUCUUCUUCCCGAAAGAUGCGUUUCAAUAAAUGUGGAUAGAUGUUUAUAUAGUCUACCUGCGGUAUAACCUGCCUUAAUUGAGAGGCGCAAAGACAAAUCACACAUCAAAGGUAAAUCUAAAAAGUGUGUCUGUUUCUGUAAUUCCAACACACAUAACAAUAAUGCAUGCAUUUUAGCGCUGUUUGUGAAACGACCAAUAUU